GUGAAUGGACCUGAUGGUAUUCUGCAGAAUGGAGCUGUGGAUGAUAACGUGGCUAAAACCAGCCAGCUUCUGGCAGAGUUGAAUUUUGAAGAAGAUGAAGAAGAUACCUAUUACACAAAGGAUCUUCCUGUGCAUGCUUGCAGUUACUGCGGUAUCCAUGACCCUGCUUGUGUGGUUUACUGCAACACCAGCAAAAAGUGGUUCUGUAAUGGGCGUGGAAAUACAUCUGGCAGCCACAUUGUUAAUCAUCUUGUGAGAGCGAAGUGCAAAGAGGUGACUCUCCAUAAAGACGGACCUCUAGGAGAGACUGUCUUGGAAUGCUACAACUGUGGAUGUCGUAAUGUGUUUCUCCUUGGCUUUAUUCCAGCUAAGGCAGACUCCGUGGUUGUUUUGCUGUGCAGGCAGCCAUGUGCCAGUCAGAGCAGUUUGAAGGAUAUUAACUGGGACAGUUCACAGUGGCAGCCUCUUAUCCAAGAUCGCUGUUUCCUUUCGUGGCUGGUAAAGAUUCCAUCUGAACAGGAACAGCUGAGAGCACGUCAGAUUACAGCCCAGCAGAUUAACAAGCUGGAAGAACUUUGGAAGGAAAACCCAUCUGCAACCCUUGAGGACUUAGAAAAGCCUGGUGUUGAUGAAGAACCACAGCAUGUCCUGCUAAGAUAUGAAGAUGCUUAUCAAUACCAAAAUAUUUUUGGUCCUCUCGUCAAGCUUGAGGCAGACUAUGACAAGAAACUCAAGGAGUCGCAGACCCAAGAUAACAUCACGGUCAGAUGGGACCUGGGCUUGAACAAGAAAAGAAUUGCUUAUUUCACUUUGCCAAAGACUGAUUCAGAUAUGCGUCUUAUGCAAGGAGAUGAGAUCUGCUUGAGGUAUAAGGGAGACCUGGCCCCUUUGUGGAAAGGAAUUGGUCAUGUUAUCAAAGUUCCUGAUAAUUAUGGUGAUGAGAUAGCUAUUGAGCUGAGGAGCAGCGUUGGAGCGCCUGUGGAAGUCACUCAUAACUUCCAAGUCGAUUUUGUAUGGAAGUCUACUUCAUUUGACAGAAUGCAGAGUGCUUUAAAAACAUUUGCUGUGGAUGAGACUUCAGUGUCUGGGUACAUCUAUCACAAACUGUUAGGUCACGAGGUAGAAGAUGUAAUCAUUAAAUGCCAGUUGCCAAAGCGCUUUACAGCACAAGGACUUCCUGAUCUCAACCAUUCUCAGGUUUAUGCUGUGAAGACUGUCCUGCAGCGUCCUCUGAGCCUUAUUCAGGGUCCCCCUGGUACGGGAAAAACGGUGACAUCAGCCACAAUUGUCUAUCAUCUGGCUAGGCAGGGCAAUGGGCCUGUGUUAGUCUGUGCUCCGAGUAAUAUCGCUGUAGAUCAGUUGACUGAGAAGAUCCAUCAAACUGGGCUGAAGGUGGUUCGUCUGUGUGCUAAAAGCCGUGAGGCAAUUGACUCUCCUGUAUCCUUCUUGGCAUUGCAUAACCAGAUCAGGAACAUGGACAGCAUGCCAGAGCUUCAGAAACUGCAGCAGCUUAAAGAUGAAACUGGAGAACUGUCGUCUGCUGAUGAGAAACGUUACCGGGCACUGAAACGAACAGCAGAGCGUGAAUUGCUUAUGAAUGCAGAUGUGAUCUGUUGCACCUGUGUGGGAGCUGGUGAUCCAAGACUUGCAAAAAUGCAGUUCCGCUCCAUUCUGAUUGAUGAAAGCACCCAGGCUACUGAGCCCGAGUGCAUGGUGCCGGUUGUCCUGGGAGCGAAACAGCUUAUUCUUGUAGGUGACCACUGCCAGCUUGGUCCUGUUGUGAUGUGUAAAAAAGCUGCAAAGGCUGGCCUGUCUCAGUCCCUCUUUGAGAGGCUCGUUGUGCUGGGGAUUCGUCCGAUUCGCCUGCAGGUGCAGUAUCGCAUGCAUCCUGCCCUCAGUGCUUUUCCAUCCAAUAUCUUCUAUGAGGGUUCACUCCAGAACGGUGUUACUGCAGCGGACCGUGUGAAAAAAGGUUUUGAUUUCCAGUGGCCACAGCCAGAUAAGCCGAUGUUUUUCUAUGUUACACAAGGACAGGAAGAAAUUGCCAGCUCAGGCACCUCUUACUUGAACAGGACGGAAGCUGCCAAUGUGGAGAAGAUAACUACAAAGCUAUUGAAAGCAGGUGCCAAACCAGAUCAGAUUGGCAUUAUUACUCCUUACGAAGGUCAGCGGUCCUAUCUGGUGCAGUACAUGCAGUUCAGCGGUUCCUUGCACACAAAGCUCUACCAGGAAGUGGAAAUUGCAAGUGUGGAUGCCUUCCAGGGAAGAGAGAAGGAUUUUAUUAUCCUUUCUUGUGUGAGGGCCAACGAACACCAGGGAAUAGGGUUUCUGAAUGACCCCAGGCGUCUUAAUGUAGCUCUUACAAGAGCAAGGUAUGGAGUAAUUAUUGUUGGGAACCCAAAAGCACUGUCUAAACAACCACUUUGGAAUCACCUGCUGAAUUACUACAAGGAGCAGAAGGUGCUAGUGGAGGGACCACUGAAUAACCUCCGGGAAAGCCUUAUGCAGUUCAGCAAGCCGCGGAAGCUCGUCAACACCAUCAACCCCGGUGCCCGUUUCAUGACUACUGCCAUGUAUGAUGCACGUGAGGCUAUUAUUCCAGGAUCUGUCUAUGACCGGAGCAGUCAAGGGCGCCCAUCCAACAUGUACUUCCAAACCCACGACCAGAUCGGGAUGAUCAGCGCCGGCCCCAGCCACGUUCCUGCCAUGAACAUUCCUAUCCCUUUCAACCUCGUCAUGCCACCGAUGCCACCACCGGGAUACUUUGGCCAGGCCAACGGACCAGCCGCAGGACGUGGGGUGCCAAAAGGAAAGACUGGUCGUGGUGGGCGCCAGAAAAAUCGUUUUGGGAUUCCUGGAACUAGUCAGUCAAACCUUCCCAACAGCCAAGCGAGCCAAGAUGUGGUGUCCCAGCCUUUCUCCCAGGGUCCACUGACUCAGGGGUAUAUCUCCAUGAGUCAGCCAUCGCAGAUGAGUCAGCCUGGGCUCUCCCAACCAGAAUUAUCACAGGACAGUUACCUUGGUGAUGAGUUUAAAUCUCAGAUUGACGUGGCGCUGUCACAGGACUCUACUUACCAGGGUGAACGGGCAUAUCAACAUGGCGGAGUGACGGGACUGUCACAGUAUUAGAGUGUUGAGGAAGAAGAGCUAAGCUUGUGUGGAGCUUAGUUCAUCAGCAUUUUAUUCUGGGUAAUAAAAAAAAUAAAAUAAAAUGGAUACCUGUUUUCCACUGCUAAAACUGAAGCACCACUGUGUGAGAGCAACAGGAGAAAGAAACCAACCAACGGAGAGGAGAGAAAGAGAAAGGAGCGCGCGCGAGAGAGCCCACUGCUAGCUCACUGAGACAAGGAGACUGACCGGAGAGGAGAGAGAGCACCGAAGGACUGGCUGGCGCCUCACUGGGAAGGCAACUCACCCUGAAAUGAGUGGUCAGCUGAGUCCCUGCUCCCCCAGUCAAACAAGCUCAAGAGAAGGGCCUUAGGCAGGUUUCACUUCAUUCCAUACUUCUCUUUGCGAGCAGGGCAUUACUUUUCAGAGCAGAUGAGGAGAGGAAAACCCUCAUCUCAGAGUUGUUCUCAUUUUAAAGGGGUACUAUAUUUUAGCAGUAACUGUUUACAUUUUAGAAGCAGAGUAUCUGAGAGAGAAAGAGAGAGAGUUCCUGACUAAGUGACAGCGAGCCAAGCAGAAAUCCAGCGGAACAUAGCUGAUGCUCAACUCUGAGAUGCAGGUUUUGUUGUCCAACGCUGGCUCUGAAAUCCUAGUGUCAUCGUGUCGCCCACAUUCUGAACGGGUCUUUCGUGACAAGGUGGUUUUAAAGAGAUUCUUUCAAAGGAGCACUGAAUUUUUAGAAGUUUGU